AUGUAUUCCAGUACAGAUGUGAAAAUAUGGGUGGAGGUCAAAACGGUCUUUUUGCAAUGGUUGCCAUGGAUGUUGGGAAUGAGUCGGCCAGGUAAAAAGAUUACCCGGAAAACACUAAUGAUGAACAGUCGGAUGAAAGAAUUAGAAUUGAAAGAGCGUUCAUCGAAGAGUCUCUUGGCCAACGUACUAGAUAUUGAUGACGACUUUAGGAGCGUAACAGGCGGUGCGUCUGGAUUAUCUGGUAGAGAUGGUAAUACUUCGACGGUGACGACAAGCUUGGGGCCCAGUUUUAUUCGUCACGCAACCACUAUCGAAGAUUCAGCAAUUCCUACCAGUGGCCAACAAAGAGAAUUACAUUUUAUAUUGAAGGAACUGCAGUUCAUUACAACCCGAAUGAAGAAAGCUGACGAAGAGGCAGAAGUCAUUAGUGAUUGGAAAUUUGCUGCAAUGGUGGUUGAUAGAGUUUGUCUCAUAAUAUUCACCCUGUUUACCAUAAUCGCAACAGUUGCAGUAUUGUUAUCGGCUCCGCAUAUUAUUGUCCAGUAAAAGGGCAUUAUAAUGGAGAAAUUGUAAACGUUCGCGCAAUUAUAUGAUUCUUCUAUAUCGCAUUUUAUAAUAAUCGGUAGUUAAAUAUAUAUAUGUACGUGUGGAUACAUAUGUAUGUUUGAACGUUCACUAUUAUUUGAAACAGCAUAGUGUUGGCACACAUUUAAUGUGCCUUCGAGGAAACACUAUCGAAACGUAGCAACAUUAAAGGGCAGACACUUAUGUGCUUAAAAGUAUUUCACUACUACAGUAUUAAUAUUUCAAGCAGUUAAUGAAAUGUCUUCAAAAAAUCGAAGAGACAUGAUCAACGUACGCAUGUGUCUGGUUUUACUGUAAUUUCCUUAAGGAAUUUCGGGAGUCACAGCGUGGAAAAGGUUAAUUUUGCACAAAAACUGGAAAAUAGGUAAUUGUACGAAACACAUUUACAGAAUUUGAUUUGGUGAAGCUGUUAAAAAAAUUAGCUGAAUAUAAAAAUUAACCGAAAAGAACGUUUAUUUUUCAUCUGAUUUUUCGCUGUUAUGUGUCUGCUAAUUUUUAACGUUUCCACCAAAUCAAACUUUGUCUCGGUACAAUUUUUUGUGCAAAACGAACGAUUUUCAAUUGCGUUGCUCUAACUGAGACAUAUUUCCUUCUUUAUUUUUUUAAAUUUAAAACUAAAAUAAUGAUCGUCACAUCUUUUCUGUAAGAUGAAGUAUUAUAAGCAACCAGUUACAUACUUCAGCUUGC